AUGGAUUAUAGUUACGAACAAACCAGUGAAGUUGAAGCAUUAGAUUCUAUAUACUAUGGAGAUAUGCAAAUUUUACAGACAGAACCAAUGCAUAAAUUUAGUAUACCUAUAAAAUCUGAAGAAUAUGACGAUGGUGAAGGAUUAGCCUGUCAAUUGAUAUUCACAUAUACUCCAAAAUAUCCUGAAGAGUUGCCAAUGUUAGAGAUAAAUACUGAUGACAGCUUUGAUGAAAUAGUGGACAAAGAUGAACUAUAUAAACACCUUAUGGAACAAGGGCAAGAAAAUUUAGGUAUGGUAAUGGUAUUCACGUUAGUAUCAGCAGGUCAAGAAUGGCUUAAUGUGAAGUGGGAUAGUAUAAAAAAAGAAAAAGAAGAACAAAUAUUAGCUAAAAAGCAAGCAGAAGAAGAAGCAGAAAUGAAAAGGUUUGAAGGUACGAGAGUGACAGUGGAAUCAUUCUUAGCAUGGAGAAAGCAAUUUGAGUUAGAUAUGGGUAUUCCUGCAAAGAGAGAAAAGGAAGGAAAAGAUAAAAAUAAAUUAACAGGCAAAGAAUUGUUCUUGAGAGAUACUACUCUGAAUGAAUCUGAUCUCAAAUUCCUUGAUGAUGGAGAUGCGGUUAAAGUAGAUGAAUCACUAUUCCAAGACCUAGAUGACUUGGAACUUUCUGAUGAUGAUGAAGAUGAUGAAGACUAUGUCCCUGGACAGAGCAGUGAUACUGAA